AUGCCUCAGAUUCCAGUAAUCGUCUGCGAAGUGUUCGAUGUUUGGGGGAUGGACUUCAUGGAUCCAUUCCCAUCUUCCUACGGUAACUCUUAUAUAUUGGUGGCAGUAGAUUACGUAUCGAAAUGGAUAGAAGUCAUGGCAACUUCCACAUGUGAGGCGAAGGAGGUCACGAAGUUCCUUAAGGCGAAUAUUUUCAAUAGAUAUGGGGUGCCAAGGGCGGUCAUUUCAAACCAAGGAACGCAUUUCUGCAAUCAAACGAUGGAAGCGCUUAUGAAGAAAUACGGGAGAGAUCAAAGGAUUUUGGAAAAGACUGUUAACCCGUCUCGAAAGGAUUGGCGCAAAAGGCUAGACGAUGUGCUUUGGGCCUAUCGAACUGCGUUCAAGACCCCUAUUGGCAUGUCAUCAUACAGACUCGUGUUUGGCAAAAUGUGUCAUCUUCCGGUUGGGAUAGAACACAAGGCUUAUUGGGCAGUCAGAGAAAUGAACAUGAAGCUUCAGGCCUGUGAAGAGGAAAGGAAGCUGCAACUGCAAGAACUGGAGGAGCUGAGACUCGAAUCUUAUGAUGCGGCAAUGUGGUACAAGGAAAAAACCAAGUUGUGGCACGAUAAAAAUCUCCAGACGAAGGACUUGCAGUCUAAGUGGACACGACCUUACACAAUUGUGAGCCUCAGAGCCAAUGGAGCCGUGGAAAUUCAGGGGUGUACUCCUAACUCUAAGAGGUUUAGGGAUAGCUCGGAGCUGUGUGUGGUGGAAGAAGUUCCACUGCGCAUGCUCCCCACUAUCGCCUAG